AUGCCCAAGCUGGAGAAACGGACUUCACGCCGCAGUACUCGGCCUGCACAAAAGCGGCAGCGCUUAGAUGAAACUGGCGGUUCAAAUGACCUUCAGCCCUCUUUCAGCGACCAGGAGGCUAGCAAUGACAGUUUUGCUACCACUACUAUGGACACGAAUUUCGAAGACGAUGAGGAUUAUGAGGAGAUGGAAGAGGCGGACGAGAAACGAGUACUUUCUCGCACUUCUACUGGUGUCCCUACUCAGGGAGGCGCCGCCACCACUGUUAAACCUACACCUCGUGAUGAGUUCGGUGCUAAGGACCUCCGUGCUCUUCUCACCCUCCGUUCUGACCACCCUACUCGUCCGCUUUGGGUUGGACCAGAUGGCCAUAUCUUUCUUGAAACUUUUGGUCCUCUUGCCAACAAGGCGCAAGAUUUUCUCAUCGCUAUUGCUGAACCUGUUUGCCGUCCUGAACACAUCCACGAAUACAAGUUGACUUCUUAUUCCCUCUAUGCCGCGGUCUCUGUGGGCCUUCGCACCAGUGAGAUUAUCGGCUGCCUCCGACGCCUCUGCAAAACCGAUCUUCCCCCAGGUAUAAUAGCUUACAUUCGCUCAUGUACUCUCUCCUACGGCAAAGCAAAGCUAGUUCUCCGAGGUGGACACUUUUACGUGGAAAGUAAUCAACGCGCCUUCCUAAAGAAACUCGCUGCAGACCCGGUGAUCAAGGAGUGUUUAGUGAAUGUUCCUACCGCUGAGGGUCUCUCUGAGGUGACACUGCAUAAGUUUGAUACUUCUGACACUGUUCUUGCUCUCGGCGUAGAAACGAUGGAUGCUUCUAGGAAUGCGACCUCUGUUGAUGGUACCGUGGAGGCGCAGAAUUCCACUUCAGAUGGGGGUUUAAAGGAUAUUCUGAGGCUCUACGCCGCGAUUGAUGCAGAAGAGGAGGAGGUGGAGGAGAUGGAGGCAAUUCCUGUAAAUGCAGAGGUUCGGGAGGACGUAGAAGACUCCGUUGGCGAUGUCGACGCGUUGAAUAUCGAAAAAUUAGGUAUUGAGGGUGCGGCAAGCGACAAAGAAGGAGAAGGUGAGGAGGAUGAUGACGAUAUUGGCAAAAGCGUGGUAGCAGGAAAUGAAGGUGAAGGCAACGAGAAGUUGAAGCCCUUUGAGACAGUGGCUAUUGAGGUGCAGCAGAAUGAAAUUGAACGUCUGCAGCGGAGGUGUGUCGAACUAGAGGUUCCGUUGCUGGCUGAAUAUGACUUUCGACAGGAUAAGCUGAACAAGGAUAUGAGUGUGGACCUGAGGGCAAGCACUACUCUUCGGCCCUAUCAGGAGAAGAGUCUCCGGAAAAUGUUUGGCAAUGGACGUGCGCGCUCUGGAGUUAUUGUACUACCUUGUGGUGCCGGGAAAACACUUGUGGGUGUGACAGCGGCGUGCACUGUGCGCAAGCCGACACUGUGCCUGUGUACGAGUGGAGUGGCAGUAGAGCAGUGGCGUAGCCAGUUCAAGCUCUGGUCUACUGCAGAGGACAGUCAAAUUCUUCGAUUUACUUCUGACGCCCGCGAUCGUCCCUCUCCGAGUACGUGCAUCUGCAUCUCCACCUAUUCCAUGAUCGCCUUUUCUGGCAAGCGCUCAUACGAGGCUGAGCGUCUCAUGGAAUGGAUCAAGGGCCAGGAGUGGGGUCUCAUGGUCCUCGAUGAGGUGCAUACAAUCCCAGCGAAGAUGUUCCGUCGCGUCCUCACUAUGGUGCAGGCGCACUGCAAGCUCGGCCUUACCGCCACUCUGGUGCGCGAGGACGACAAAAUCACCGACCUCAACUUUCUCAUUGGACCCAAAAUCUACGAGGCCAAUUGGCUAGAGCUGCAGAAACGUGGCUUCAUCGCCAAGGUGCAGUGCGCCGAGGUGUGGUGCCCCAUGACUUCGGAGUUCUACCGCGAGUAUCUUCAGAUGAAGAGCAUGAAAAAACAGUUGUUGGCAGUGAUGAAUCCCAACAAAUUCCGCGCUUGUGAGUUCCUCAUAAGGUAUCAUGAGAGACGGAACGACAAGAUAAUUGUUUUCUCCGACAAUGUCUUUGCGCUGAAGUAUUAUGCCAAGAAAAUGGGUCGUCCGUACCUUUAUGGUCCAACUAGUCAGAGCGAGCGAAUGCAGAUCCUGCAGAAUUUUCAAUAUAACUUGAACGUGCCGGCGAUAUUUGUCUCCAAGGUGGCCGAUAACUCUUUUGACCUGCCAGAAGCCACGGUGCUUAUUCAGAUCAGUAUGCAUGGUGGCAGUCGAAGGCAAGAGGCGCAGCGUCUCGGUCGCAUCCUACGCGCGAAGAGAGGUAUGGACGCCGAGGCAUACAAUGCCUUCUUCUAUUCCCUUGUCUCUCAGGAUACCAUGGAGAUGCAGUAUGCUCUCAAACGACAGCGAUUUCUCGUCAAUCAGGGUUAUGCGUACAAGGUGAUCACUAGGCUUGCAGGGAUGGAAAAUGAGAAUCUGCGGCUGGGGACUAAAGCAGAGCAAGCGGAACUACUGCACCGCGUGUUAGCAACCACGGACGAGGACGCAAUGGAAGAAACACUGCCAGUAGAUCCAGAUGGUUUUGGUACUGGACGCAUUGCGAAGGGUGGACGGGGUGCGGGAUUCGUGCGGCGGGCUGGGCAGAUGGCCUCUAUCUCGGGUGCUGAUGAUGCAAUUUAUAUGGAUACCUCGUCAGCUGCUGUGGCUCGACGCGAAAGGGCAAGAGAGCGGCAUCCGUUGUUUAGACUAUUCAGACGGUAA